AUGGAAAACGUGAAGAAGAGAAAAUUGGAGGAGACAGAAAACAAAAGUGAAUCUUCUUCCAAUAUAGAGAUUCGAAGUCUCGUUGAAUGUAUUCCUAAACCUCAACUUGUUGAUCUUCUUUCUAAACUAGGGUGUCAAAAUCCUUCUAUUGCAGAACAAAUCAAAACUAUUGCAGCUCCUUAUGUUGCGGCUUUCGAUCGAAAGAUUUUCGUUAGCAGCUUGAACUACGUUACAGAAACAUCUACUUUGAGACAGAAAUUUCAAGAGUAUGGAGAAAUUGAGAAUGCAAUUGUGAUUCGUGAUAGAGUCACGGGAAAAUCCAAGGGCUAUGGAUUUGUCACUUACAAAGAUAUUCAAUCAGUUAAUAAUGCAUUGAGCAAACCUAAGAUUGUUAUUGAUGGGGCAUCGGUUGCAUGUCGUCUAGCUGAUGAUGGCCAACGAGUUUCGCACAGGAAGCUUUUUAUUGGAAACUUACCACCAAUUUUUACAAAUGAAAACCUGUGCGACAAAUUUAAGAUGCAUGGUGAAAUAGAGGAAGCAAUUGUAUGCAAGAAUCCAAUUGGAGAAUGGAAAAAUCGAUAUGGAUUUGUUACGUACAAGACAGUAGAGGCUGCAAAGAAGGCCAUAGAUUACAAUGAUCUUCAUGAGGGAAGUAUGACUGUAAAAUACGCUGAUUCGCAGAGUCGGCCACCUUUGCCUGGAGGAGUAGCUUCAAGGGCAGUUCUACCUAUGACUUCAGGUCCUGGAUACGUGCGGCCUCAAAAUGUUGAUGUUAAUUAUGGUGCCCGAAAUGGUUAUACAUACCCUCAAAGUGCGGCAGUACUACCAUAUGCUGCACCUCCUUACCCCCAAAGUGCUGCAGUGCCACCAUCUGAUGCACCUCCUUACCCCCAAAGUGCUGCAGUACCAACAUAUGCUGCACCUCCUUACCCCCAAAGUGCUGAAGUGCCACCAUCUGCUGCACCUCCUUACCCCCAAAGUGCUGCAGUACCAACAUAUGCUGCACCUCCUUAUCAAACAAAUGGACAGGGUCCUUAUCCUCAUGUUUCUGCAGUGACAGGCCAAUUUGGGCAUCAGUAUUACUACAACAAUCCCUAUCCCAACCAAUGA